GUCACACUGGAGAUGUUGGCUUAACAGGAAGUUAAAAAGAUUCCCGCCUGUGAAUUUUCACUGACUGACAGAAACUCUCUGCAGAAACUACGGAAUUCCUUGGAAUAUUUUUGGAAUAGGACAACCUUGGAAUGUUCCUUUUUUUAUCCGUGCUGUUUUCUUUAUUUGGUUGCUGUAUCUUAGUUUUCUUUUGCUUUUUUCCCUAUUCUUCCAAACAGAGAUUUUUCUCUUUUUCCUGCAUUUUCCUGUCGAUCAUCGACACGGUUACUCAUGGUCCAUUCAUAUGGAUCAGCAUCCCUUCAUCAUUAGGGUGGAGUAUGAUGGAUGGCAGCCGUCCCUUCAGUGCCCAUCGUUUACAGACUGACUCGCACUUGCUUACAGAAAAUAAUUUAUUAGAAACUUUUUCAAAGUUAAGUCCUGCUGAGUAACCAGAUCUAAACCUUUCGGGGACAAACGACUUUGUUGGUGAAACAUCUGCGAAGUUUUGCAGCCCAGCACUACUGAAAAAACAAGCAAUAAGUUUUGGCGUUGAUGACAGGACUUCGCUGGUUAAAAGCCCUACCGAUAUAGAUGCUAACAUCCUUGCAGUGCUUCCCAAAGUUUCGGAGCUAAGGAAGCAAUUUGAAACCACAAUCAGAAGGGAUCCAAAAAGUGAUCCAGAAAUGAACAGGAAAGAGAGGAUAGCACGGAGGCUGGAGGGAAUUGAGACCGACGUUCCCAGCGCUCUUGCUACAAGCAUGCAGCACACAGCCGGCCUGGUAACCAAUCGGCUGCUAGAGGAGGACACGCCACGCUACACGCGAGCUUCAGAUCCAAGUGAUGCAGGAAUUGUGGUGCGACGCUACAGUCGUGAUGAGAUUGAAGCUCCAGAUCGGCAAUUCCGAACUCAAACACGCCCAGAUCCACAGCAACCCACUCAUGUGGAUCCAGUCGUCCCAGCAGAUUCCGAUAUAUCCAGCCUCAGCUCAAAAGCCGAACGCAUUGCACGUUACAAAGCCGAACGUCGACGCCAAUUGUCAGAGCGUUACGGAAUCCUGCUCGAUCAGGAAGUGGAUGUGGAUUACGCGCCACGCUACACACGUGCACGCAGAGUCUCUGACCUGUCGGACAAAGCUUGUCCCCCGGACAGGGGGCGUGGUGAGAGCAGGACAAGGGGUGGGGCUUUGCAACAGCAAGAUGAAGGGCAGGAACGAAACGGCAGCAAAGCUAAGUACAGCAGUUCAGGGAUGGGGCGUGUCUUUAUGUCCUCUGACUCCCCCCCUGAUCCGGCUCCUCCUCCAGUUCCUCCAUCAGGCAUUGAUACAGAGCGAGAGAGAGAGCGGGCAAUGAACUUGGAAAAUUAUAGACGAACACCUGACCGAAGUCCCAAACUCCGUUCACAGGAUGCGUCGGUUCCUAUGGAAACGACACCCGGCCAAUCAACGAGAGGUUCUGGUCAUGUCACAGUGCCAAGUUCUCCAAGGACAGCACGCCGAGCCUCUUUACCUUUGGGGCGGCAUGGUGGUAUUUCUCCAGGAGACCUGUUUAUUGAGCAACAAGCUCAAAACAUCCUCAACAGACAGGGCCUGGCAGCUCUUUCUCAGAGCGAGUGGUCCCUCAGGAGUGCUGUGGACAGUGAUGCGCUCUCACAAAUCAACUUGCCAUCCAGAAUACGAGUAAGAGAGAGACAGGCAAGAGAGGACAUCUUGGGAAGGGACUCAGAUUCAGGGUCAGAUGCACUUUCACUGAGAACUCAUCCAAACGUUACCCCACCAUAUUUGGCUCCACGGUCUCAAUCUGCAAACCAGCCACGGACACGGAGCACAGAACACUUAAUACAGCCCCUUAGCCAGGGUGCAGAGACCCGUCAACAAAGGGCGCAUAGUGCAGAAAGAUUCCAGCGCACUCACUGUAUUGAUUUGCCCGCUUAUCAGCAGACACCUGCCAGUGAACUAUCAAGCCAUCAACGUGCCCAAAAUGCAGGUCCCUCACGCUAUGAGCAGGACCUUGGUGUACACCCCAGCACCAUGGGCCAUCAGCCAGGUUUCGGGCAAAUCAAGCAAUCUUUACCACGACAAGGUGGUCAGGAUGUUAAACAACAUUCAGAAAAACACAUGCCUUCCCAGCAACCACACCCAGUAAACAAAGACCCCCAGCAGUCACUACCUGGUUUCAAAGAUGGCCAUCCACCUGUACAAAAAUUUCGGGCCAUCCUACAGCCCAUGCCUUUGGACCGGGACAGUCACCAAACAACUCAAGCACCUACAACUACUAAAAAGCCUCAGCGUGAACAUACCUUGAAUACACGUCCGACACGAGAACAUACACAACAACAUGGUCCUGUGCUUGGCCAUGGCCAACCUUUGCAGCAUGGUCUAGUUCAAACACUACCACCAGCCUAUGGACAAACUGUCCAAUCAGCUACCACUCAUGGGUCAAGUCGUCCAUCCCAAGCUUCAGUUGUACCAGGACCCCCACUUGGCACAUCUGACAUGUUGGAUGCCAAAGACCACUUGGCUUCACCAGAUACUAAACGAAAGAACAGUGCUGAUCAGAUUCAGCCCUUUAACAAACAAGAACUUUCAGCGUCCAAGGUGAAUCCACCUUUAAGAGGACUACUUAAGAGCAGAAAGGCUGUGUUACCUUCGGAGAUUCGUCGCAGGGAAAAGAGUGCGGAUGAUCCUAUGGAAGGACCUGCUGAGGAAGACUUGGAAAGUCAUAGAAUUCAAAAGAUUAGUGAGUCUGACGUCUCCGAAACAAGAAGUGGAAAAAAGUUGUACCAGUUAGAGGAAGUUGGAGAAGGGCUUAAUGUAAGAGGAGCUACUCUCAUGGAAGAUGCAGCAAUAUCAGGCGAUAAAGUAAUUGAUCUACCAAAAGAUAGAGAAGAUCAUAGUGCACCACAUAGUCGGUCUGAGGAUAGAGAUGUAGAAAAUGGUUUGAAGAGCAGCUGGACAUGUGAAGAUGUAGGACGUGCCGUAAGAAAGAUUGGGGAAACAGAACAAAGACAGCAGAGAAGUGGUAAUAAAUUUGAAGGGAAUCAAGGCAAUAAGAGCUUGAACCAAUUAGUGGGCGUAGAUUUGCGAAGUGAAAAGUUUCCUGAAGUCAAAGAAAGAGAAUGGAUGGAGGAUGGUGAAAGAAAAAGCCAAACUGCAAAGUCAGUUGAACCAGAGAUUCGUAGUAAUACUAAAGGCAUCCAGGAGGUAGAGGAGCGAGAAUGUCAUAACCCUUUGACAGAAGGACAUGGUAGGAGGCGACAGGUAAAUCUAUCAGAAAGUGAGGACGUGCAUGUCAGACGAAGAAGGAUAAGCCAAUCAGAUGAUGGUUGGGAUGGCCGCAGAGUACGUAAAAUUGGUCAUUUGGAUGAAAGGGAAGUUCAAGGAGUUAAUAGAAUCAACCAGUCGAAUUGUUCUGAAGGAGGUGAUAAAGGACAUCGUCCAAACCUGUCUGAAAAAAUGGACACCACGCCACCGAAGGUACAGCUAACCAACGAGCAGCAUUCUCCACACCAUAGGCUGGCAGAAGUAGGAGGGUACUUGCAGAGAGGCUCCUCCCUUCCUCAAGCUCAGCAUCGCGGUACCCAGGAUGCAGGUGACCUUAGGCCAAGAGUAAGGAUCCGAUCCAUGUCAGACAUUGGGGUGAUUCAACGGUCUGCUUCGUUGCAAAGCCUGGAGCGCACUCCUGGAAGAGAGCCUGCCGUUGUGAUGGGGGCUGGGCUUAAUGCUAGGGAUACAGGUGCUGUGGCCAAUGGUGAAAUGGGAGCUUUGGACACACGAGUUUCUGUGGCAAAGCUGAGACAUUCCUACUUGGAGACUGUGUCUGGACGCAGGACUGAACUGGAAACUAAAGGAGACGUGGUUCACAUGGAGACUGAUCCAACUGUGAGUGGUGACCGUGAACAAGGAGCCCGUCGGCCGAGGCGUUACAUCUCCGCUGGUGAUGACAGGAAGUCCUCUGAGAGGUUUAGAACCCAGCCAAUCACAUCAGCUGAAAGACUGGAGUCUGAUAGGGCCCGACUUAGUCCAGACCUGCAACAUGCAGAGCUGGAUGAAGAAAAAAUGGACGAGCGAGCUAAAAUGAGCGUGGCUGCCAAACGAUCUCUCUUCAGGGAGCUGGAGAAAACCUCAGAUGGAGGCGCCCUGAAACCUCGGUCACGCAAUCCUGCUGUUGAGAGAAGACUCAGACGAGGACAGGAUCGCUCUCGGACACAACCCGUCACAUCAGAAGAAGUGGUCAUAGCUGCUACUUCCCCCACUCCCCCCACCCAUGUCAUCACCGUUCAAACCACUGCUCCCAGAAUCCCCAGCCCUGCCAUAGUCAGCACCUCUAUGACUAGCUUCAGCCUGCAGGCAUCUUCAGGACAACCCUCAAGCCACCAGGAGCAAGAAAAAGGUGGUGCUCCAAAAGAGGCAUUGCUAGAAGAAGAGGAGGAGGGUGUUGAGGAACCAGACAUAUCAUCAUUAACUCUGGCUGAGAAAAUGGCAUUGUUCAAUCGCUUGUCACAAGUUCCUGGCCAGUCAGCAAAUGGACCACGACCUGACACACGCCAGAGAAGGGCCAACGCUCGCUUCCAAACCCAACCAAUCACACAGGGCGAAGUUGGUCAGGAAUUGAAAAAUGAUGUAGAUCCAUCCAGUCACACUGAUGGACCCACUGUGACUAAUAAUAGUGUUGGUCCUCCUCAAAGCGAGCAACUACAAAAUGGAAGUAUGAAAUUGGAGCCUCUCGCCGCAUCACUGGUCCACUCCGUUGCUGCGGCCACCACCCAGGCUUCUGUUGCCACGGUGACAAGCGCUUCCCCAUCAAUGAUCGCAGAUGUUUGCUCGGGGAUGUCCACGGCACCCGUCUACGCUCCGCCUUCCACUCAGGGAUCGCCCAGUCAGACGCGUGCCGCUCAGCUCCCAGCCUAUGAGAGAGGGGUUCGAUACUUCAGCCUCACAGAGAGUGGGGAGAAGCCCGCACCCGAUAUUCAGUCCCCGCCUCCGGCAGAACCCCUCAGCCAAUCGUCAUGCAGCAAGGGUGGGGCCCCACAAAUUUCACCCAGUGGGCGAAAACAAGAGGAGAGUGGGCGGAGGGGAAGACUCGGUUACUUGGGAAGAGAAGAGAGAGAGUCGGAGCCGCCUCACGUUCCUAAUGCGACCCCACCGCAACACACACAUGUGCUCAGUCGCACACCCCCUCACGACGGGGGAAAGAGAGAGCUGAGAGACCCGCAGGAGAGGGAGAAACAAAGUACACCCGUCUCACAAGGAAGCUACUUGUCACCAGACGCUCAUCAGACGGCGAGAGGAAGCAAUACGAGAACCGUCGGCUCAGAUGUCCCUGAUGUCAGUGUCACGGCAAGGUCUGUGAGCAGUGCCGUGGUCUCCUCGAGAAGUUCCUCACACGCACUCCCUUAUCUCCAGCAAACACAGCUGUACUCACCUCCACAACCACAGCUGUACUCACCUCCACAACCACAGCUGUACUCAUCUCCACAACCACAGCUGUACUCACCUCCACAACCACAGCUGUACACACCUCCACAACCUCAACGAAAACCCACGCAACACACUCAGGUCCACAUCCAGACGCAAGCAAGAUCUCAGCCACAAGCCUACAGUCCGUCUGCAACGCCACUUACGCAGCCCAAACCCCAAACUCACCUGGUUUCUGUCCCUUACACUUGCAUAGACUCUCAGGCUCCUUCACGACAAGAUCAGACACAACCCAGAAUACCUCCGCAGACGCAGCCAAAACCACAGUCCUUCUCUCCACCCCAGUCACAUCCCCACAGUCUCCCUCAACCCAAGAUACCCCCUCAAACUCAGCCAAAACCCCAGGGCUUCAUCCCACCUCAAAGUCCACCCCAGGAGGAGAUCCAGGGAAAAUACAGCCCACUUGGACCUGUUGUCUUAAAAGACCAAAGGCCAGAGAUCCAAGAAGAACCUGAAGCCAUGUCGUCCAUGUCAAUCAAAGAAAGGUUGGCUCUGUUGAAGAAGAGUGGAGAGGAAGAUUGGAAAAACAGAAUCAACAAGAAACAAGAAGUUGUACAAGAAGUGGCAUCAGCAAGCGACAAGACUGGACAAAUAUUGGAGGAGCAAGGCUUCAAGAAAAAGGAAGAGCAGACUGUUAUCAGAGAGUUCACAUCAUCUGAACAGCUCUGGGGACCUGUCUUUUCUUCUACCUACUCUCCUCCACCUCUUCCAUCUUCCCCAAAAUGCCAAUAUGUAGAACAUCAGGGACAGAAGCUCGGAGAAGAGAGGGAGGGGCAGAUGUCCAUUGAAGAGAGGAAACAGAUGAUCUCUGUUCGAGAGGAGGCGUGGCAAAGUACGGGAAAGGGCACGGCCAAUGACUCGGCCCAGUACACUGUGGCUGCCAAGAUGGUGAAAAAAGGUCUGACUGCUUCGUCUGCAGUUAUCAGCCCGAUUAUUUCUCCAGUAUCUACUAAAGUGAAAAGCAGUGUCUCCAAACCACAAGAAGAAAUUGAGGCCAGAGGAGAAAUGGAGUCUGAUAAGAAGCUGGAAAAGUUGGAGACGUUUUUGGGCCGUUUGAACAGUAAAGUAUCAGAUUUGCAGGAGACGACUCUGACUGUGACUGAAAAGGCAGUGAAGGAAGUCAUGCGAUUGGAUGAUGAGAUCUUCUCCAAAUUUUACCGUCACGUGACUGAUAUUCCCCGUAGCCUGAGUAGCCGAAUGCAUUUGGAGGAAGAUUUUGAUGCCAUCUUUGGAAAACAAAUACCAAUGUUAACAUCAGCGGUGGUGCAGCACAAGCUGGCCAUUCGUCCCUCUCGUAACGUCCAGGCCUCAAAGAACCCCUUAAAAAUCCUGGCGGCCCGAGACGACAUCCGCCAUGAAUACACAGAGCAGAGACUGAACGUGGGUCAGCUGGAGAGUAAGAGAAUCAAACAGGAGAAGAUGAGUAGGAGCCCCAGUUUGUCGGACGCAGCUUUGGCUGGUUUGGCCAGUAAAGAGAACUACAGCAGCGUGAGUCUGCGCAGUGUGAGCAUCUCCGAGCAGAUGACCAAUAACAGCGCAACUCCUUACAAAAAACUCAUGCUUAUGCAGGUCAAAGGUCGACGACACGUGCAGACCAGACUAGUGGAGCCCAGAGUCUCCUCUCUUAACAGUGGUGACUGUUUUCUACUUGUGACACCUGAACAUUGUUUCGUUUGGAUCGGAGAGUUUGCAAAUGUCAUAGAAAGAGCCAAGGCAUCAGAACUGGCCACCUUUAUCCAGCUAAACCGUGAUCUUGGGUGUCGAGCAACACAGGUGGAUACCAUUGAGGAAGGGGUUAACUCCCAAAGUCCCACUGCUGCAGAGUUCUGGAAGAUUCUGGGAGGACCGGCCAGCUAUCAGCCGGCUGGGUCUCCAGAGGAGGACGAGAUGUUCGAAAGUGCAGUUGUGGAGACAAACUGCAUCUUUCGCCUGGUGGAUGAUAAACUGCUUCCUGAUGAUGAUUUCUGGGGAAAAGUGCCCCGAAAUUCCCUGCUGGGCUCUAAAGAGGUGAUCGUGUUUGACUUUGGUAGUGAAGUUUAUGUCUGGCACGGUAAAGAGGUCACACUGACACAGAGGAAGGUGGCGUUUCAGCUCGCCAAACAUCUUUGGAACGGCACCUUCGAUUACACAAACUGUGACAUCAAUCCCUUAGACCCUGGAGGACAUAACACUCUGAUACCGAGGAAAGGUCAAGGACGUCCAGACUGGGCUAUAUUUGGUAGAUUGACUGAACACAAUGAAACGUGUCUGUUUAAAGAGAAGUUUCUGGACUGGAAAGAUGCUUCUAGACUGUCACCUAAAACAGUUCAGGAGCAGCCCGUCCAGCAGAAGGAGUCUCCAGUCUCAGACUCUCGCUCUGAGUGUCGGGCGUACAGCGCCUCUCUGAUGUUACCCGUUCUGCAGUCACCCAUCAGCACCAUUCUUGAUGGUCAGGACGUGGGUCGAGGGCACGGUCCGGUCGAGAGCGCCUCUGAGGAUAACCUGAGGUCUCUGGAGAUAAGCACAGUAGCCGUCGAUGUUUGGCACAUUCUGGAGUUUGACUACAGCCGGCUGCCCAAGCAGAGCAUCGGUCAGUUUCACGAGGGAGACGCCUAUGUGGUGAAAUGGAAGUACAUGGUGAGCGCGGCAGUGGGCAGCAGACAGAAACCGGAUCAGAUACGCAGUGCCGGUCCAGGCCGAGAGAAGUGCUGUUAUUUCUUCUGGCAGGGCAGAAACUGUACGGUCAGUGAGAAGGGAACGUCUGCGCUCAUGACGGUUGAACUGGAUGAGGAGAGGGGAGCUCAGAUGCAAGUCCAGCAGGGGAAGGAGCCGCCCUGUUUUGUGCAGUGUUUUAAUGGAGGGAUGAUCGUGCAUUCUGGGAAAAGAGGCGAGGAGGAAGAUAACAUUCAGAAUGAAUGGCGUCUGUACUGUGUACGGGGUGAAGUGCCAGUAGAGGGCCAUCUGUUGGAGGUUGCGUGUCACUGCAGCAGUCUGAGAUCACGCACAUCAAUGAUCCUGCUGAACAUCAACAAUGCCCUUAUUUACCUGUGGCACGGCUGCAAGACUCAAAUCCACACUCGACAUGUGGCUCGAACCGCCGCAGACAAGAUUAAAGAGCUGCGACCACUGGAGGCGGGACUUCACAGCAGCAGCAAUGUGACCAUUCAUGAAUGUGAGGAAGGUUGUGAGCCGAUGGAAUUUUGGGAAGCUUUGGGAAGAAAAGACCGCAAGGCUUAUGACUGCAUGCUGCAAGACCCCGGCAAGUUUAACUUCACACCACGACUCUUCCAGCUCAGCAGUUCUUCAGGCGAGUUUGUAGCACAGGAGUUUUUCAACCCAUCCAGAGCUGCAGACCUGGUUUGCUCCUUGCCGUUCCUGCAGGAGGACCUGUACUCCACCCCACAACCAGCUCUUUUCCUAGUGGAUAACUAUCAUGAAGUUUACCUGUGGCAGGGCUGGUGGCCACAGGACACAGAGAGCCCCGGCUCUGCCCGAAUCCGCUGGGACUCUGAUAGGAAGUGUGCCAUGGAAACAGUGCUGCAGUACUGCAGAGAAAAGAAUGAGAAGAAGCCUCAGAAGUCUUACCUGAUCCAUGCUGGACUGGAGCCACUGACCUUCACAAACAUGUUUCCCAGCUGGGAGCACAGAGAAGAUAUUGCUGAGAUCACAGAAAAAGAGGCAGAAGUGUGUAAUCAGAUUAUUCUCGUCGAGGAUGUGUUGGCCAGACUCUCUCAGAGCAUCUAUCCCCUCGCGACGCUGCAAACCCGUCCCCUUCCCCACGGCGUCGACCCUCUGCGAAUCGAGAUGUACCUGACCGAUGAGGACUUUGAGAGCGUGUUGGAGAUGAUGAGAGAAGAGUUUGAUGCUCUGCCAGGAUGGAAGCAAGUGAACCUAAAAAAAGCCAAAGGACUCUUUUAGAAACCUGAUAUAAGAAAUCAUCACUGUUUAUUUCCUCUAUGACCACCGGUUCUGCGGUCACUACGGUUAUUUGACCUCGUUCGGUCAACGGAGGUGAUUGUGCAUAUUGAGAACAGGGUAAACGGUCAGGUCAAAGGUCACUUUAGGAUCUACAGAUGCACCCGCUGUGGCGUCCGCUUUUGAUGUAUUAUCUGUCUGUGGAGGUGACGUGUAUGUGUCCGACUCCUCGACAUGUCCGUGUGCUACGAUUUGACGGUCACGUGCAGUCAGUGUGUGCAGUACGACAUCCAAAACAAAUCUUUAAUUUAUCUGUUUUGGUUCGUCUUUUGAAAUAAGGAAAUCAAACACUUUCUCAUUUAUGUUCAAAGCCGGCGCCCGUCCGGGCAUGCUUUGGUUCGAACUGCGAUGGGGUUUUGUUGUAUUGUUUAUUUAUGUUUGGAAAAUAUGCUUAAUCAUUGGAAAUUGUAUAAAGAAUUGUGUAGGAAAUCAAGAAACGGCAGAAAAUCUGUGUGGUUUCUCUUAAUGUUGUCUGAUGUCUUAGGGUCUUGUUGAUUUUGAUUUAAGAGGAGUUUACAUGCCACUGUACGUCUGUGUGUGUUUUUUUUCAGUGUUUUUGUGUGAAUGGCUGCUGAUCUCUUUAUGAGCUGUGGGGAGCGUCAUGUUUGUUUGAAUUCAGACAGGAUGACGUUUUGUAUGAGCGAAGGAAGAAAAUGAAUUAAUUUAAAUGUACAGUAUAGUGCCUUGCUUUUGUGUACAGUUUCUAUACCAAACACACACUAGUCUGCAUUUCAAAGACUUUCUUUGUGAUAAAAGAAAUAGCGAAUAAAGCAUCAUGAAAAUC